UAAGCGCUCGAUCGCAAGCGUGGUGUCGCGUCCUCUCGCAGUCGUUGCGUGUUUCUGGAAAUGCAAACAUUUAUGAUAAAUUAUUUCUAUAUCCGAUUAUGAUAAUUUAUCUAAGUAGUCUGUAAUUGUGUUUCUGUGAUUUUGUUUUAGGUCGGUGCGUUUCUCGAGUCUCGUGCGACACGGUGUGCACGUUCACCGCGGCCUGACGAUUAAUCCGCUAUUUGUAUAAUAGUCACACUUGUUAAAGUUUAGUUAUUAAUCGUUAUUUAAGUGCGUGAACUCAUGUAAAGAUGGCAGAAGAGGGAGCGGUCGUGAUGCAGCAGAUCGUGGACAGGAGUUGUUGGGUGUGUUUCGCCACAGACGAGGACGACCGGACGGCGGAGUGGGUGCGUCCGUGCCGUUGCCGUGGUUCCACUAAGUGGGUUCACCAGUCGUGUCUGCAGCGCUGGGUGGACGAGAAACAGCGAGGCAACAGCACAGCGCGCGUCGCCUGCCCACAAUGCAACGCGGAGUACCUCAUUGUGUUCCCCAAGCUCGGGCCGGUGGUGUACGUGCUGGAUCUGGCAGACAGGUUGAUCUCAAAGGCCUGCCCAUUUGCUGCCGCUGGUAUCAUGGUUGGAUCCAUUUACUGGACGGCCGUCACAUACGGAGCUGUUACAGUCAUGCAGGUUGUGGGUCAUAAGGAAGGUCUGGAUGUGAUGGAACGGGCUGAUCCUCUAUUCCUGUUGAUUGGACUGCCCACCAUCCCAGUUAUGCUAAUUCUGGGGAAGAUGAUUCGCUGGGAAGAUUACGUGCUCCGCCUUUGGAGGAAAUACUCCAAUAAGCUUCAGAUCCUCAACAGUAUCUUUCCAGGUAUCGGUUGUCCCGUCCCGAGGAUCCCGGCAGAAGCCAGUCCACUCGCCGAUCACGUGUCGGCCACAAGGAUCUUGUGCGGAGCCCUCGUGUUCCCCACCAUCGCCACCAUCGUGGGCAAACUGAUGUUCAGCAGCGUCAACUCCAACCUUCAGAGGACCAUUCUGGGUGGCAUUGCAUUUGUGGCUAUUAAAGGGGCGUUUAAGGUUUACUUCAAACAGCAACAGUAUCUCCGUCAAGCUCAUCGUAAAAUCCUUAAUUUUCCAGAGGUGGAAGCUGUUUGAGGUCAUCGUCAAAGCUGUGCUCGGCUUCAUCCGGCUCAAAGAGACACAACCGCGCUACAUUUGAUUCUUCUUCCCUGAGAAUGCGAUUUGGGUUUCGAGAUUGAGUUUUGCUUCUGUUGAUAUAAUCUGGAUUGGGGAGUCGUGUGCUACUCAUUUUAUGAGGUUUUUAAGAAAGAGACUGAGAAGAAUAAAACUGUUUUUUUCUUUUUUUUAUUAAAAAAAUAGUUGUUUUAUAAUGGAUUAGAAACGCCAGAGUGAAUCACUACGCUUCAAGUACAAACCUCAGGGUCUCAUUAAAGACCGGCUGUAUCACAUGAUGCAAUUUUGCUGAAUGUCUUCUUGUCAUUAAAAGUUAGUCUGGUAAAUGCAUUAUGCUGUAAUAUUAAUGCAAACACGUAUAGGUAAAUCAGUUAUUUGCUCAUAAGAAACAUAUAAAAUUGUCCUUUUUUUAUGUGGUUGUUCUUGGAUAAUUUAAGAAAUGUCUGCUUAAUCCCAAACUCUAACAAGUUUUACAAAAGAGGAAGCUUUUUUUAAAGGACCAUUAGGAUUUCUGACAUUGUGACUUUCUCUUCCAUGUCACACAACUGGACAAUGGACACAGAUUUAAAAAAGUAAAUUUAACACAUGCCAACAUGAUGUAUACUUAAAAUCAUACUGUACGAUUUAAUUUAAGUAAUAAAUUAAGUUAUUUUGUGAAUCGGAAGAUGUGGUAAAACUGUAAUGGUCUUAAAAAUAAGCUUCAUUUUAUUCAAAAUAAUUGAUUUCUUUUGAUUUAGCAGGAAAAAAUGACAGACAUUUGUUUUUUGAGAGUUUGGCCUCGAGAUUCUGAUGUCUGGGAGUUUGCUUUCAUGUUUUUUAUUUCAUUUUUGUAUUAUUGAUGUCUUGAGUUGGCAAUCCAUUUUAUCAUUUAGAAAUAACUGAAUGGUUUGGAGUUGGUCUGCAUUCAUUGUUCUUGACGCAUGGAAACCAUAAAGCAGUCAAAAAGCCACCAUUAGUUUUCUGUGAAAGAUUUUGCUGGACUUGGAGUCACUUUAUUUGAAAAAAAUGUCUUGGCACAUGAUGCCUCACAACCGUUGCCAACGGCCCUACUUUAUAUUCACAGAAAACAGUAUUAGUGGCCUUUUUAUGACACCGGUACAAUGUCUUUUUUAAAGAUGGACAGGUGUAUUUGGGAGAACACGCCAAAUGUUUGGAUUGAGUUUUUUUUCUGAACCUUUGAUGGAUGUCUUGUGAAUAAUUUUAUUUCUAGUUCAUCUGCGGCUGAUGUAUCUGACAAUAAUAGAGGAAGUAUAUAAAUGCAUACUAAACAUAGGUACACAUUUACAGUGAGUUUGUGAGGGGUCAAUAACAAAUACCUGGUUAUCUACUGAAGUACAUUUAUUUGUUAAUAGAAGUAAAUCACAUCAUUGAAGAUUGAUGAUCAAAUAAAGGUGUUGCGGAACUCUAGUGUAUUUCUGAUAGCAGAUCAGUGAUGCUGGUUGAUUAAAUGUGAUUUUAAACUCUUCAUCAUCUACUUGAGAUGAUUGUGUUUAGGUUUCUUGAGUUCUCACCCGUGUCUGGUUGUACAGAUGAAGCGUAAUGCCAAAUACAGAUCAUAUAUGUUGUAUAAACGGAUGCGUUGUACAGAUACGGAUUCAGAAUUUAUAGUUUUCUGGUUGAUUUAUGUAAAUAAAUGUAUUUUUCCAAUGCU